CUGUAUUUUAUUUCGAGCAUGUCCCGCAAGGUCCACAACGCGGUGGCCCAUGCGCUCAACCCGAACGAGUCGCUGCAGAAGAUCCUCGCCGAGGUCGAGCCGCGCUUCGUGCUGCAGCCGGGCGUCGAGGAGCUGCUGCUAGACAUGGCCUCGGACUUUGUCGCGAGCGUGACCGAGGCCAGCGGCCGCCUCGCCAAGCACCGCCGGUCCACGCACGUCGAGGGCAAGGACGUUCAGCUCGUGCUCGACAAGAACUAUGGCAUCUCGGUCGCGGCCAAGAAGAAGCUCCACGUGCUGUCGCAGAAGGCCAAGCCGGCCAAGACGUCCGUGCACACGCACCGCAUUGCGAUGAAGCGCAAGGCCCUCGCGGCGCUCCAGACGCAGCGCAAGAAGGCCAAGCACUAAGAAAAAGUCCAUCGUCAUCCUUUCUCGCUCUGUCAAUUCGUCG